CAUAAACACGUGUACGAUUGAUACAGUUAGGAAAGCUGUAUUCGUGUUUAUUACUAUCUGUAUGAGAAAACAUAUGAGCAUGUUCGUUAUUUUUUGGUUCGACUGAACGUGGACAUUCAUAAACUAAUUAUUCACCGUAAACAAUACGUCACCAGGCCCGCAAAGGGAGUGGAUCGCACCGUCUCGCUCGAAAGCUACGCCUCGCUCCAAGGUCUCUCAGUAGUGCCUCCCUGGCGUCUGGGCAGAUGGGACAGUGAUGCUCUGAGGCAGCAGGGAGGUGCUGGAGUGUGGGAUGUUGCGCUGGACGGUGCACCUGGAAGGAGGCCCGCGGAGAGUCAACCAUGCAGCCGUGGCCGUGGGCCACAAGGUGUACUCCUUCGGGGGCUACUGUUCUGGGGAGGACUACGAGACGCUACGUCAGAUCGACGUCCAUGUCUUCAACACCGUGUCUCUCCGCUGGAUGAAGCUCCCCCCGGUGAGGACCCUAGGGCGUGAGCAUGUCAGGGAGGUUCCCUACAUGCGCUACGGCCACACAGCCGUGCUACUGGAGGACACCAUCUAUAUCUGGGGCGGCAGGAACGACACAGAGGGAGCCUGCAACGUGCUGUACGCCUUCGACGUCAACAGCCACAAGUGGUUCACUCCCAAGAUCUCGGGGACGGUGCCAGGGGCCCGUGAUGGCCACUCUGCCUGCGUCCUGGGCAAGGCCAUGUUCAUCUUCGGGGGCUACGAGCAGCUGGCUGACUGCUUCUCCAACGACAUCCACAAGCUGGACACCACCACCAUGGGCUGGUCUCUCAUCAACGCCAGGGGAACCCCAGCCCGAUGGAGAGACUUCCACUCUGCCACCAUCAUCGGGACUAAAAUGUUUGUAUUUGGAGGCCGAGCGGACCGCUUCGGCCCUUUCCACUCCAACAACGAGAUCUACUGCAACAAGAUCAAGGUGUUCGACACAGAGACCAGCUGCUGGCUGAACACGCCCUCUGCACAACUACUGCCUGAGGGGAGACGCAGUCACUCAGCCUUCUCGUGUGAUGGGGAGCUCUAUAUAUUUGGAGGCUACAAUGCCCGUCUGGACCGCCACUUCAACGACCUCUGGAAGUUUAACCCAGAGGCGUUCUCCUGGAGGAAAGUGGAGCCCCGUGGGAAAGGCCCGUGUCCCAGGAGGAGACAGUGCUGUUGCAUGGUGGGAGAUCGCAUCAUCCUGUUUGGAGGAACCAGCCCCUGUCCAGAGCAGGGCAUGGGGGACGAGUUCAACCUGAUGGACCACUCAGACCUGUACAUCCUAGAUUUCACCCCUAAUCUGAAGACGUUAUGCAAGAUGGCUGUUAUACAGUACAGCCUGGAGCAGUCUGGACUGCCCCAUGAUAUCAGAUGGGAGCUGACAGCCAUGACCACCAACAGCAACAUCAGUCGUCCCAUCUUCUCCUCUCACGGCUGAGGCUCCUGACGAUCCACAACCUUCUCUCAGCCUUUCAGGAACACUGGCUUUUUUGCUCAAGCUGGAUCUGGACAGACUUUUUGUACAGUUUGGAUCAGGACUCUUGGGAUUUGCUAUAUCCCAAGACCCAACAGCAGCUAAACUGUCCUAGUUGGAACAUGAGCUCUGCAGAACACUGAGGAACUCUGGUUUCUAAUGUUUCUGAAAGGUGCUCCUCUGUGUUUUGGUUGUUCCAUUUUACAGAACUCAAUGAAAAUCAAGUUGACUAUUUAACAUGACAGUAUUACGUGCAGAAAUAAUCAUUCAACACAGAAUGUUUGUUAUUUUUUGUAAUGAAGAUUUUGUUUUUCUCACCGCUCUGAAGAGUUAGAGACUGACCACAACGGAACAACAACUCUCUCUCGCUCGCCUUUCUCUCUCUCUCCAGCAUCUCAAGAAAUCUAAUCAGCCUAUGAUAAUCAUGGAUUUUAAAUCUACACUGAGGAAAAAGUGAAGAACAGAGAGGAAGGUUGUUGGUCGUCCCUCUGGAGUUCCAGUCUCUCCCAGAUGUGUGCUCGUGGGCCUCAUGUUUAAACACCCUCUGACACUAACUCUCAUCUCUGUUCCAAGCUGCUUCCCCCCACAAGCAGGAUGUUCUGUACUCUAAACACAUCUGGCUCAGUACAGAGGUACCAGUGACCUCAAGGUCACAACAGUAUGUUACCUGUGUUCUGGCAGCUUGUCUGUUCACCUGCAUCACCUGCCCAUCACAAGGGGCUAGCUAGGUCCUUUUGAAUGAUCCAAAGUGUUGCCUUGUAGAGAGAUCCAACCUUUUCCUGACUCCAGUCUCAGGUUUAUCUGACGUUGCUCCACUAUUCGUUUGCUCGUUAAAAUGUAUUUCCCCUCGUAAACAGUCCUCAUGAUUAUUAGAACUGUCUCUCUGGGGGUUUGAGAACAUGGAUUCUUCCAGCUGCUCAGUGCCAUUGGUUGGGCAGCUUGCCACUCACUAUCUGUCUCAUUUUUCCAGCUAGUUGUUUUUUGUUUCAGUGCCAAAUAUACAUUUGAAUCAGAAUGAGGGGUUGAAAGGUGGGUUGUUGGUGUUUACCUGUGUAACACGUGGCCCUCGCUCCACCUGGACGAUCCUGGCCGGACCAGAGGACCCUGAGGCACCGCUCUGUUCAACCUGCUGUGGAGGACAACCAUGGUGAUGUCAUGCAGCUCAUGAGACUCGUGUUUGAGUCAACGUGACUCUUGGCCUGGUGCUGCGCUUCAACAACAACGAUGUCCAAGGGUUAGGGUUAUAUUCAGGGUUAGGGUUAUAUUUAGGGCUGAUUUGAGGAACAUCCAUAAGAACAAACAACAAAAAACUAUUCAAUAAAAUUUACUCAGAAGUUUGAAUUUAUUGAUAAUACUUUUCGGUCUCUGGUUACAGCCCCAAAAGAUCAAAGUAUUUAAGUAUCCCUGCAGAUAUGAGAAAGUACAUAAUUCUUUAUUUAACUAUUGGAUUUACAAUCUGGUUGGUUUGGGAUUUUGGUUAUGCAUGUACAGAUCAAGCCAUUUUCCAUGUCUGGCCUGACCUCUUCAGUGGUGGUGUCGUUCCUGUGCUCCCAGCUGCUCCACAUCAGCUCCACUCAGGAGAGACCUCCUGGAUCAGCAGGCUCUUCCUGUCUAAACAGGAAGUACCGUACACUAAAGGUCUUCACUAACUGGUGUCUUCUCCUGUCCAGGCCUUACGGAAGGACAUGCUCGUGCUGCUUCUUGCCUCAGUUUCAUUAGACUGUUUACUCACUGGAGGUUAGAGAAAUGAUGUUUGUAGAAGCUGUAUUCACAGACCAGCAGUGCCAACGCGACUCAAGAGUCCCCUUGCUACAGAGGGGAGGGACCCCCAGGGGGAAGCCCUCCACCCUGCACGGUCCAGCCAUGGAGUGGCACCCUGCACGGUCCAGCCAUGUAGUGGCCAAAGCUCUCACUGGGUCUGCCUACGAGUUUAACACCAAAAUAAAUGGACAUGGAAAAUGUGUUUUGAUUCAAGUAUGGACCUUUUUUCCCCCAGGGGUGGAUGACUACUUUGUGUGAGUUUUAGGAUUGAUUGGGCAUCUGUGUGGCCAAUGAUAAGUAAAUGGUGUUCUGCAGGUCAAUUGUUGAAUAAAGGCAGGAGGAAUGAAUGA